AUGUCGUCGUCAAUUGCAAUCCCGAUGACCCCGUCGUCGGCCAACACAUAUCACCACCACCAGUCACCCCAGGUCCGGGGUGCUGCUAGCUCUUCCUCGUCGACAUACUCCAGUUCACCUCAAACAUCUUCCCCGACUUCCGUUCAGAAGCGAAAGAUGGUCCAUGAACGUCGUCCUAGCCUUCUCACCUUGCCCGACAUGCCUGUCUCGGACUCUGUACAUGUCAACUUGGGACCUUUGCUCACAUCACGGACAGGCUCCGCCUUGUCGAAGCAGGAAAGCACCGUUAUCAACAUCGGCGAACCAAACGGAACUCCCCGCCUCAUCACCUACCUCUCCUCGAGCCAGGGCUUUGCGUGGAACCCAGAGAUCUUCCUGCCGUCGUAUGUCGAUUGUGACUACACCCCGCUCGAGAACCGACGGGAGCCCGUACACGAGAUUGUCCUUAGCGACGAGGAGAUCAACAACAUGUUUCCCCAAUAA